AGAAAAAUCGAACGCCACCCAUGAAAUUCAACAGCGGGAGAAACGGGUAGAAACGACGUCGUUUUGCAGGUUUUUCUCAGACUUCCCGUUGAAUUCAAGACUUGGAAAGUUUCGCAAUUUGGGCGAGAAACAAGGACUGGUCGCACGUGGCGGCAUCUGGGUUCGGUUUCCAGGUGAUUCUUAUUUGAAAUCAAGAACCGAGCUUCGCAUUCUUAGGAGCGUUGAAUUGGGCGAUUGAUCUGUAUCGAUCUGGAUUGGGUUUUUACUGUGUUCUGGGAAUGAUCGUAGGUGCUAUUGAUGCAUUUUAAGUUGUUGAGCUGCUUGGCAGACGCGGGAGAUCCCGGUUGAGAGGUGGAAUUGUUGGUCUGGACUAAUGGCAAUUGCUGGUUUACAUAAUGUUUCUGUGCUUGAUUCUCCUUUUCUUAGGGAGUCUCAAUCUCCAGUGUCAAGCCGCCGAAGUGAUCAAGCGAGACUGAGUACACAGACAUCUUCUCCUCGGCAAAUGUGGCGGGACCUUGAAGAUGAGCAGGUUGGUCAGGGCCCAGGAAGAGGUCAAGGAAGAUUCCAACAGCAGAGGAGUGAUGAGUUGAACACUGAUCUGUCUAGUGUAACUGUAUCUGAAAGCCAAAGGAGUGUAGAUGGUGGUGGUUUGGACCGCUUAAGUGAGGUUGAGUAUGGACCAUGGUCCCAAAGUCAAGCAGGGUCACAGAAUGAAAAUGAUGAUAGUAAUGGUUUGGGUUGUGAGCCAUCUCCUGAUUUUGGGGAUGUUGAAAGGGAGAGGGUGAGGCAAAUAUUUCGGGACUGGAUGAAUAGCGGCAUGAUGGGCCAUACAUCUAAUGUUUCCCAGGUGAACAACACUACAAGGGCACAAUGGCUUGGGGAAACUGAGCAGGAAAGAGUACGAAUUGUAAGGGAGUGGGUACAAAUGACUAGCCAGCCAAGAGGUACUCUUAGUGCUAGAAGAGAAGAACAAGUUGCUGAGAUUGGUGCUCAAAUUGAACGAGUUCGGGAUGGAUUAGUUGUCAAUUGUCAUGAAGGACAAACUGAACCUGUCCGGAGGGUUGGCAUUCUUAGAUUAUGUGGCAGACAGGCUCUGCUGGAUAUGCUGGUGAGGACUGGGAGAGAAAGGCAAAGAGAGCUUCAGCAAUUGUCGGAGCAUAGAGUUGUCUCAGAUUUUGCUCAUCGUAACCGAAUUCAGUCAUUGCUCAGAGGUAGAUUCUUGCGGAAUAAUAGAUUGGCUGAGGAUGAGAGGCCCGCUUCUGUUGCGGCAAGUGAAUUAGGCUUAUUGAGGCAACGGCGUACUGUAUCUGGUUUAAGGGAAGGAUUUCUUUCCAGAUUGGACAAUUCUGUUUGUGGUAGCAGUAACUGCUCUGAUACCUUAUCCGACAGUGACAUUGAUGGCUACGGUCAUGACCAAAAUCAAGCAAACAGUUCGCUAGAGGUUCUAGAUGAAAUUCAUGAUCAAUCUGAGCAGAGUCAAAUAAUCAGUGACAUCCAUGAUACCACAAAUGUUUUGGAAGGCAACUCAUUUGAAGACAUAAAUCAGCAGGAAUCUACUGCUCAAGUACAAGAUUGGCAGGAGCAAGUUCUGGAAAAUGAGGACGGAGGCUGGCAACAGUCAGACGGUGUUGGCUCUAUUGAAGUAAGAAGUGGUAAUGCUGAAGAUUCAGAGGGAAACUGGCAGGAAAACUCCCAAGAAAUUUUGAGGAAUGAAGGUGGACAAGAUCAUCUCCAAGAAGCCCAUGAAGUAUUUCAAGAACAACUUGAGCCUAGUAGCAGGGAAAAUGAUGCCCAUGGCUUAUCAGUUAAUACAAAUGAUUUAGAAGGUGACACAAUUGAAAAUGUGAAUUGGCAAAACUCUAUUGCUCAAGUAGAAGAGUGGCAAGAACAAGUCAGAGAAAAUGAGGAAGCAUCAGGAAGUGAGGGUGGGGAGCAUGGUUUUCAGGAAGAAGCCCAUGAUUCGUGGCAUGAGGUCAGCUCUCAAGAGGUUGCAGAAAAUUGGUUAGAAGGACCUUCUGAUCAGGAGGCUGUUAUGGUUGGAAGGGUUGAUAGAUUUUAUUUUCCCGAUGAUGAUAAUGUGUACAAUAUGGAACUCAGGGAACUCCUAAGCAGGAGAAGUGUCUCUAAUCUUCUUCGGAGUGGUUUCCGUGAAAACCUGGACCGAUUGAUACAAUCAUAUGUGGAAAGGCAAGUCCAUGACCCUGUUGACUGGGAACCACAUGGAACAUCAUCUCUGCCUGCUUCAGCAGAGCAAGAUCAGGAGCAGCAAACUGGAGAUCAGAAUGAGGGUCGAACAGAUGAUGUUGAGAGUCCUCCGUCCGUUCUACCAUCAUCACAAGUGCCCCGUUUUCUGCCCCUUUGGGAUCAAGAGUUACACCAUGAUAAUUGGUCACAGCAAAAUAUGCAUCCCCGCUUUGGAAUGGAAUGGGAGGUCAUUAAUGACCUGAGGAUUGACUUGGCUAGGCUGCAGCAGAGGAUGAACAACAUGCAGAGAAUGCUUGAGGCUUGCAUGGAUAUGCAACUUGAGUUGCAGCGCUCAAUAAAACAAGAAGUUUCUGCAGCCCUGAAUCGCUCAGUGGGUUCCCCAGAAGUGAAUGAGGAGUGUUUGCCACAGGAUGGAUCUAAGUGGGAUCAUGUGAGAAAAGGAAUUUGCUGUAUAUGUUGUGAUAGCCAUAUCGAUUCUUUACUGUACAGAUGUGGGCACAUGUGCACGUGUUCCAAGUGUGCAAGCGAGUUGGUUCAGGGUAGAGGUAAAUGCCCCAUGUGUUGGGCGCCUGUAGUUGAGGUCAUCCGUGCUUAUUCCAUUCUAUAAUUGAGAGAGAGAUUCAAACCUCGGAAUGGCAAGAUAUAGAAUCUAUAUAUAUAGUAUAUCAUUUCUUGCUCCUGGAUUCCUCCAGGUACUUGGCUGCAAUUUUUUCCCUCUUUGCGGAUUGUACGAUUGGAAGAACAACUAAUUCAUUGCCUUUUUAACUCCUGAUAAUAAUGUUGAGUGGAAGUUGAUUCUAUUAAUAAAUGAUUCACUUCUAAGGGUUGAGUGUC